AUGAAAAGGGUCAAAAUAGAUGAAGAAAAGGAGGAAGAAAUAGCUAUGAAACACCUCUCCUCCAAAGAGCGUUCCAAGCUCUAUCGAACCCGUAAGAAAGCCUUCAUUAAAAAGCUUGAGAGGGAAAAUUCUGAGCUGAAGGAGCAAGUUCGUAAACUUUCAAAGGAGAAUCAGGAUCUUCAGGAUCAACUUCUCAAUAAUUGUCAUGCAACCGAUGAAGAGUCUAGCAAAAGAAGUGCAUUUAUAGAAAUUCACCCUCCUGAGAUCAACAAGUAUCUUCGUCUUAAACGAGAGGAAGAAUACAGGUUUAAAACUUUAGCCCAGAAACUCAAGAAAUUUCCUAAUGAUGUUAGUUACUCGAUGAUGGAGCAGACCAGAGAUGAUGUAGGACCGUUCGGAAGAAUCCGUGUGGAGUAUCUCAAAGAACAAUUUAACAACAUUAUUGAAAACUGCCUUCCGUUUGGCAUAAAAUCAAUGAUGUAUACUUUUCACAAAAUACCUAUCUAUCAAUGGCUCAAAUUUCAAGCUGGCUCCAAGAAGAAAUAUGCUGAGUAUAACAUCGGAGAAGAUUAUGAGCUUAUUAAGAAAUGAAGAAUUUCCAAAAAAGGACUAGAGUUCUUCAGAGAUAACAAUAGAGAGAUCAACACUACUUUGUUUAAUCUGAAAUAAAUGGAUUCGAAAACUAGUUUAUGUACGAAACAAAUUGUUUCAUACCCUCAAAAUCAUGCAAGAUUUCAAGAAAGAUAAAGAAGGGAUUAGGUCUUUGUACCCUGUUCCUAAGGAUGACCAAGUAACUAUCAUGCUGAACAACCAAUAUCUCAAAGAGAAGGGAUUGCUAAACCCCUUCGAUCUGUACAAGAUUGGAAGGAAGUCUAAAGAUGCUGACUACACUUCGGAUAUAGAACUUACUGACUAAGUCGCUUAAUGGAAGGCUAGCUCUCUUAAAAACUUAUGUGUAUCUU